AUGAAUCGAAAAGAUGGCUCCGUAAGUUUUGCUCGAAACUGGAUUGAAUAUAAAUCUGGUUUUGGGAAUAUCGCCUCUGAAUACUGGAUUGGAAAUGAAAUCAUCCAUCACUUAACGAGAAAGAGAAACUCUUUGCUGUAUAUAACUGCUACACAUGUCCUUGGUUUAAAGUUCUUCGAACAAUAUGACGUAUUUUCAAUUUCUGACGAAGAAAAUGGAUAUGCUCUCCGUAUUGGAGGUGCCUAUGGUGACGCAAUGACACCCAUUAUACCUAGUUUAAAUUUGAAUGGAAUGAAGUUUUCAACCAUGGACAAGGAUCAGGACAAAUCAUGGCAAUCCUGUUCCAACGACAUGGGAGGAGGAGGUGGAUGGUGGUUCAACAGGUGUCAUUUAGCCCUCCUCACGGGUCCCUACGGAAGUUUAACCUGGGCGUUUCCUUGGAAGCCAAUAUUUAUGGAUGGAACUCAUGUUCGUUCUGUUCGAAUGAUGGUUAAAAGAGCACCAUAG